AUGCUCAGGGUAUUCCAGAGGUUAGCACCACCGAUAUUCUCAAGGGCGAUUGGGGAGGACACCCACGAGUUCCAGCUCAUUUGCCAGGAGCAUCUACAGUCAUUAGGCCUCUUGGAGUCGAGAGGAGCCGACUUUAUCGCUCAUCAGUUCCGUGGGCCAGCUAGGCAGUGGUGGCGCACGUAUCGAGAGUCCAGGCUAGUUGGAUCGCCUCCUAUAUCUUGGAGUGAGUCCUUAGAGGCUUUCUUGGUCCGGUUCAUGCCACGGAGCAUCAGGGAUAGGCUUCGUGAUCAGUUCUCCAGAUUGGAGCAGGGCCUUAUGACCGUCUCAGAAUACGAGAUGAGGUUCCAUGAGUUGUCUCGACAUGCUACCAUGAUCCUGCCCACGGAGGAGGAGAGAGUUCGUUGUUUUGUACGUGGGUUGCGGUACAGUCUGAGGGUCGACACAGAGCAUUUGGUUUCAGCCGGCCGUUCAUUUCUUGAUGUGGCAGCAUUACCUGCUUCUGAGGAAGGCCAGCAUCAGCAUGGUGGUCCUAGUACGGGCCAGAGUUCGAGGGGAUCAGAUUCCCUCCCUUCCUACCGCGGUCGGGUUACUUCAGGGCAUUCAGCUUCGAGGUGUUUUGAUUACAGUGUGCUUGCCCAUUGGUCCAGAGAGUGCCCCCGGCUAGGGCGAGGGGCGAUUGUACCAGCUCCCCUUGAACCUAGACCAGUUUCAGCAGUGCCCCCUCUAGCUAGAGGUAGUGGUCAAGACCAGGAUCGUCGGGACAUCCAACAGGGUACCAGAGGUGGAGCUCAGGGAGGCAGCCUCGCAAGGACGGCAGCUGAGGCAUCUGACGAUGUCAUUGCAGGUAUGCUUUUAUUAUGCCAUCAGCCUGCUACUGUAAUAUUUGAUCUCGGGUCCACAUUCUCGUAUGUAUCUAUUUAUUUUGUUCCCCGAUUGGGUAUGAGGUCUGAGUCUUUGGCAGAGCUAAUUCAUGUUUCGACCCCGGUGGGUGAGUCCUUAGUACUGGAUCAGGUAUUGCGAUCUUGCUUAAUGACUAUCCAGGGUUAUGAUACUAGAGUUGAUCUUAUUCUGCUAGAUAUGGUUGAUUUUGAUGUGAUUCUGGGCAAGGACUGGUUAUCCCCCUACCAUGCGGUCUUGAAUUGCCACGCCAAGACCGUUACUUUAUCCAUGUCUGGCAUUCCCCCAGUGUUGUGGCAGGGUGCUUAUAGUCACACACCGACGGGGAUCAUCUCUUUUAUGCGGUCUAGACGGUUGGUUGCUUCUGGGUGUUUAGCUUAUUUGGCCUAUGUGCGAGAUAUGAGUAGGGAGGGCCCUUCAGUUGACUCAGUUCCUGUAGUUAGAGAGUUUGCAGAUGUGUUCCCUACAGACCUACCUGGCUUACCCCCAGAGCGUGACAUUGAUUUUGCCAUAGAUUUGGAGCCCGACACCUUUCCUAUUUCAAUUUCGCCUUACCGGAUGGCUCCUGCAGAGCUCAGGGAGCUCAAUGUUCAAUUAUAG